AUGGCUAGCUAUAAACAUCUAAUUGGAACACCUCUCGAUAGAACCAGAAAUAAUAACAGAAAUAAUAAUGCGUAUCAGUUUACUCCAAUAGGACAUGAAGAUUCGGACCUUGAAUUUUCUGUGUUGAAUGAUACCAACAGAAAGAAGCAAAGUGCUCUGCUUCUCAAUACCGUUUCCAAAUUACGACAAAACAGGGGAGAAGACAUUAACGUUGAUGAUAGUUUUGAUAGUUUUUCUGCCUCGACUCCUUUGGUAUCAUCAGUGAAUAACUCUGUGAGAGACCAGCAUGUGGUCAAUAAGGAAAAUAUUUCGCCCAGUUCUGGGAGAACUAGAAAUUCCCAUUAUGAUGAGCUCCUAAGGAACAGCUCCAAUCCACUAAAACAGCAACAAGAGCUUAUUGAUGGCCUUAAAUCGGAGAACUAUGGAUUAAAAAUUAAGAUAUCUAGCUUAACAAAGUAUCUUAAUGUUGACAUGAAUACCCCAGAAAAUAUUAAGAAUAUGAUAAAUGAAAACAGUGAUCUAAAGUCACAGAUAACCCAACUUACUAUGCAACUUGAAAACCUCAGGAAUGCGGAAAGUGAACCUAAUACUUCUGCUACCAGCAACAACUCUUUGCUAAUUCAAAUGAAUACCAUGAAGAAUGAAAAACAAGAGUUGAUUUCUAAAGUAGAGACUUUAGAGAAGGAGUGUGAAUUUUUGAAUCAGAAAUUGGAAGAAGUUCCAUCAUUUGUCGCUAAUGAGAAAGACGACGAUGCGGAUAAUAUCACUGAGUUACGAAAUAAUUUAGAGGAUUUUCAAUAUGAACUUCGAGCAAAGACGCAUGAGAUUGAAGAAAAAGAUUUGGAAAUAACUCAGCUUCAAAACAAAUGCCAAAGAUUGGAAGAAAUGAAGGAUGCUGAUCUUCAGGAAAAUGACCGCUUAGAAGAAACCUUGAUUGAUAAAAACGAAGAACUUAAAGCAUUGAAUAAAGAAAUUCAAAAUAUUAAUUAUGAAAAUCAUCAAUUGAAGCUCAAAGUCAGUGAUGGAGAUUCCAAGAUACAUAGCUUGGAUAAUAAAGUAUUGAAAUUGGAGUCAGAUAAGUCAAACUUGAAGGUAAAACUUAAGAGUAUGGAAGGUAAUGGAACAACAGUCAGCAAGAAAGUUGACAAAUUGUUGAAUGAGUUGAACACAAAAUCAGAAAAAAUUUUGCAAUUGAAUGAAACUAUCAGGGAGUUGCAAUCUCAAAACACAUUGAAUGAAAGUGAGUUGACUAAAAUGAAGUCAUACAAUCAUUCCUUAGAAAACCAAAUUAAUUCUGGAGAUUCGCAUUAUGAGUUGGAAAAUGAAAUUCUCAGAUUGAGAUCUAUGGAAAAUAAUUUAAGAAAUGAGAUUUCUCAUUACAAAUUGGAAAUAAGUGAAUUACAGUCCAACUUACAAGAAAAUCAAAAUACUUUGAUGGAUAAUUCAACUUUCUUACAUAAUGUGGAACAAGUAGAGAUUGAAAGAGACCAAGCCUAUGAUGAUCUAAAGAUAUAUGAAGAUCACAUCUUGGAAUUGGAAAAUAAACUUGAUCAAGCCAUACUGCAGAUUGAUUCAUCCCAGGAUAGACUAAGAGAAAUGGAUCAUAUGAUAAUUUCAUUAAAACAGGAAAAUGAUUCACUCAAAAAACAAUUAAGUGUUAAAGGAUACAGCAACCCGCGCUCCGUCACUUUCAAUAGCAAAACGAAGAAUAAGAAUGGUGGUUUCUUCAGUAGCUUCUGGAAUGGUGCUACCGAUGUUGAUACCGAUGAGGAUGAACAAGUUAAUGGUCUUAGUGCCACCUCUACCAUUAGAAAACUAACUAAGGAAAAGGAAGAAUUUAAGGAUGAAAUAAAUGCUUUGCAAUUGAAAGUUAAACACUUAAAUGAAGACUUAUCAAACGAAAGACUCGCUAAAUCACAAACUAAUGUCGGUUCUUAUGAAAAGGAUGAGAUCAAAAAAUUGGCGAAACAGAAAAACGACCUAGAAAUUUUAAUGGAAAACAGAAAAAUUUCUUUUGAGUCUCAAAUUAAUGAUUAUAAACAAAAUAUCUCCAAAUUAGUCGAAGAAGUGAAAAGUAAAGACCUUGAAAUAGAAGGCUUAAGCAGCACUCUAAAAAAGGAUUCUUUCAAGGUUGAUAGUCUUGGAGUUGAAAGAGAAGAACACAUGCAAUUGUUGAAGAAAAAUAUGGAAAAUGAAAAGAAGAACAUGAUGCUUAAUUUUGAAAUUGAGAAAUUGAGAAGUGAUUAUGAAAUUAAAUCCGAAAUGUUGAAUAAGGAGAUCGAGUCCUUGAAGAAAUCUUUGACUGACUCAAUUCAGCCGAGCGGAGCCCAGAAGAAUUUAGAGGAAAAGAAAAGAGAAAUUGAAUCAUUAAAGUCCAAAAUCGAAACAUUCGAGACGGAGAAUGAAGAACUUCGUCAAGAAUUAGCCAGAAAGGUGAAGGAACUCAACAGUAAAUAUGAGAAACUUACAAAAAAUUACCAGAAAGUUUACUCAAGGUACAAGUCUGCUACUAAGCUGAAAAAUCAAUUAUCUGAUAUUUCUUUAGAAUUAGAAGAUGAAUCAUCAAAAUCUUCUGAGACUGGAUUGAAGGGAAAACUACUAUCUAAGGAGAGAGAAUUAGAGGCUUUAGAAGCUGAUUAUAAUUUAAUGAAAACAAAAAUGAGUUCUAAAGUCAGAGAGCUUUCUGGUACCAACAUAUCUAUGAAUGGUCGGAUCGACGAUUUGUCGAAGGAGUUACAACAGUUAAAAGUAGGUAUUUCUGGGAGUGAUUUGAAAAAAUUGAGAAAAUUAGAAAACGCUGCUCAUUAUUAUAGAGAGAAGUUUCAUCAAGAGCUCUACUUGACCCAGGAUUUGAAAUUUGUUAACCAAUAUCUCAAUGAGGCGAUAAGAAAAUCUAAUAAAAUGAUUCUUCUGGAUGUCAAUAAGUUGGUGAAAACUGGGAAAAUUGGUUUGGAAAUGGAGUCAAUAGUGUCUAUUGCUGCUUUACAUCUGAAUGAGCCAGAACUCAAGAAUUAUAAAUCUUUGAAUAACUUCUUGUAUAAGCAGAGCAUGCAUAAUACAAAGCCUAAUUCCUUGACGGGAAAAUUGACUUUCAAAGGAUUAGCAAAGUUUGUGUUAGCCACUGUUCGUUUGCAAAAAAGAGUGGAGAAAAGUAUAAAGAAAGGAAAGUUGUUGAAGGCGGUCAAGAUGGAAUGCUAA